UUGAUGGUGUUAUUGUUUCGCAUUAAUACGAUGAUGUCGAUCAGCAGAAGUGCAUCAAUAUUGACAAUAUACCAAUCUAAUUUACAUUUGCUAAGAAAAGAUCAAGUUUCGUAAAAAAAUAUACAAAAUUAGUCAUUCAAUUAGCGUUUAAUUUGAUGUUUUUUAGUUAAAUAGAGAUACGUGAAACAUGUCAGGUACUUUUUAUGUUAUCGUGGAACCAGCAUUUCCUCCAAAUAAUUUACAUAAUUCGUGUUCACCUGCGGGUAUUAGUGAUUGCACAAGUUCGAUUCGGUCUUGAGCGAUUUGAUAGAAUAGGUGAAACUGGAAAUAACCUCAUAUCCUAUGCAAGGGAUUAUGAUGUUUUCGAUUUUUUGGGGUUACAACUAUUUAUAAAAUGAGCUAUUCCAUUAUGUGCCAUUUAAAAUGGUCGAAUACACAUUAACGUCGUUAAACAUAAGACAAUUCAUUGCUGUGUCUUUCAGCAUUAAUUAACAAUUUACCAAGAAAUUACUAAUCCCGUGAUGGAACAAAUACUUUUGUGAGAUCGGAGAUUCCACCUUUAUUUUCAAUUUUCAUCUAUUCAAUCAUGGCUCUCUUAGGUGCUCAAUUAGUUAUAACACUGAUUAUGGUCAGUGUUAUCCAAAAAGUAACUCCACAUUUUUCUUUGGCAAGAUGGAUUUUAUGUUCUACUGGGUUGACACGUUACUUGUAUCCAACUGAUCAACAGCUUAGAACUCUUGCUGGUGUACCUAAAGAGAAACCCAAGAAAGGUAAACAUACUGAGAAUGGGAAGGUUGGAGAUGUUUUUCAUGUUCCUAGAAAUUUGGAUAUCACGCUUGAGAGUGCUAAGAUAACUACGUUAGAUGUAGUGCAUUUAAAAUAUUAUACAGAGUGUCAGUGGUUAUUGGACUUUUCUAUCUAUGCUACUGCAGUUUAUAUCAUGACAGAGAUAUAUAAUUAUUUAUAUCCAAUCAAAGAUGAAAUUAAUCUAAGCAUGCUUUGGUGCUCACUAGUUCUGGGUUUUGCAUUUAAAGUGUUACUUUCUCUUUGGGUGCAAUACUUUAAGGGAGAGGAGAGUAUAGGUGAAAGAUCUACAUGUAUUGUAACUGGAUUUGCUUAUCUUCUCAUAGCUAUGAUGGUUCUUAUUGUUGAUGAAAACAACCUUGAAAUUGGAUUGGAUAAAGCUUAUGCAAGUUUCAAUCAUAGUGCAUCUCUUUUUCUAGAUAAUCAAGGUCUUUCUUCUACAGGGCCAGCAUCAAAAAUUGUAGUAAAGUUCUUCCUUGCUUUGUGGUGUGGUUUACUUGGUUCUUUGUUUACUUUCCCAGGAUUAAGAGUGUCAAGAAUGCAUUGGGAUGCAUUGAGAUAUUAUAAAGAUCAAAAGUUGUUGUUAUUAAUAGCAAACAUCAGUUAUGCCUCUCCACUUUUAUUAGUAAGUUUAUGGAUUAAGCCUGUAAGCAGAGAUUACCUUACAGUCAGGAUAUUUAGUGGUAUGAAUGGACCAUUGAUGACAACUUCGGCUUUUGAGAGUAUGAGAUUAAUUGCAAUUAUUGUUGCAGUUCUGUUAAAAUUUGUAUUAAUGCCAAUGUACUUGCAAUCGUAUCUCAAUUUAGCUAUGCAGCGGUUAGAGAAUCAAAAGAAAGAAGCUGGUAGAAUUACAAAUGUUGAUUUGCAGAAAAAGAUUGCGGCGGUAUUCUACUAUUUGUGCGUUGUGGCUUUGCAGUUUAUUGUUCCGAUAAUCAUAUGUUUAUUUUUUACAUUCAUGUAUAAAACUCUAGGUGGUUAUACAUGGGAAGGGAUUUUAAAAGGACCGUCACUCGAAGAAUGUCCAGCUGAUGAGCCACCAAAAUCUUUAUCAAACAUAAUGAAUGCCCAUGAUAAUGAAAAAACUGUUGCGCAAACGGCGCAAGAUUUUCAACUUGCUCUGAGUUCCUUAAAGCAGAUAUUCACUGUGGAUGUGUAUAGAGGGUUAUUAGGUUUAGCAACAUGGUGGAGUUGUUUUGCAUUGUUUGCAACUACCGCUAUGGGUAUGUUUUAUCAGUCAUACUUCUCUAAUAUGUAAAACAAAGCUAUGGCAGGCAGCAUUUGUUGUCACUUCGCACAAAUUUAUGUCGUUAGUUGGUUUAUCAAUGCUAAGAUCAUUGGAUUAUUUAACAAAUGUAUCUUAAAAAUGACUUAUUUUGAAAAUUGUACCUACAUUAAGGUACGCACAAUACUGGCUGUCUAAUGGAAAUGUUAAUACUAAUUUAAAAAAUUUUAUAAUACGCAUAGCAAUAAAAAUCUUACAAUUAUAAUAUGUAUAAAUGCUAUAUCGAAAUUAUAAAAUUUAAGAUAACUACGUCUUUACAUUGCGAUCUUUUUAUUGGAUACUGUAUAUAAUAUAUAAUAUUUAUAUAAAAAUUUAGAACAUUUUAUCAUACCAAGUAUUAUAAAUUUAAAAAAAUGAAAAGGAAUUUAAAAGUGUUUUACAAUUAAAAAUAAGUGAGGCUUCCGAAUGAGUACGAGACAAAUGAAUCGAAUCACUGCCAGUAAAAUAACCUAUUUAAUAUUCGACGAACGAUUAGCUGAUUACAAUUAAUAAAUCGUUUGCGUAUCAGUUCGACGUUAGGCUAGAUGAAAGUAACUUUCAUCAAUAAUGUUACGACCAUAAGCGGAUCAAACAGAGAUAUUUUACUGCCUUGUACGUAUUCGCUUUAAUAGUAUUUAAUUAAAAUCUUGUAUAUAUUUCUGUACAAAGUGCUCAUUAAAAUUUUAUGUACAAGAA